AUGUCGUACUCCGAGCAUGUCGUCGGAUCUCUUAUACUGGAAACCUCAGCCCUUACAUAUGCAGAGACAUCCUAUGAAUACAUAGCUGCUGACCUGCAGUGGGAUAGUGCAGACGAACUGUGUUACCAGCGGUCUGGGGCCUUAGCCAGUGUCUCCACUUCAGCUGAGAAGCAAGAGAUACAAAACUAUUUAAAGUCGAUGAACAUCUCUGAAGCUGUGUGGAUUGGCAAGAAAUUCACAGUCCAGCUACAAACACUGGGCCAUGCAGAUGGCCGUUUUAUUAUUGUUCAGGGGCAGGACACCUUUGGGGGCUCAUUUAGGAAGGAUGAGUCAUACUCAGGCACCGUCACUGUGCUUCCCAUAUGGAAUUGGGAGCAGAUUGUCAACAACCCCUGGGACAAAGAGCUAAACUCACUGCAUCAGAUGACCCGGGCUGUCCUGGAUUUAAUGGAGGCCCACAGUCCAAAUGCUCUCACAUCCAAUGAUAUCCACUUUCUGUCCACAAGGAUGGAGAUGGGCUUGUCUGCCCUGGCUAGUAGCCGUGCAGCCAGUGCGAAUGCAGCAGAGGCCAUGGCGUCCAUGGCUAGAGAUUAUGUAAAGAUAUCAAGUGUGAUGCUGGAGCCUCAUGUGGCGCAGCAAUGGAUGGGUUUAACAGAUGACGGGAUCAGCAUGGGUCCGUUUACAAUUGUCAAUAGCAUUGACAAUCUUACUGAAACUCUGGCAGACAUACUAUCUGCCGAAGGAAAAAGCUUCUCACUUUCUACUAAGAAUAUAGAUGUGUUCAUCAGGGGACACAAGCUGAGUGAAAAAAGCUGCUGUCAGUCAUUUAAACCCUCUGACAUCAGCUCCAACACGGUGAGGGGAAAUGAUCAGGAUGAGCUGCUGAUCCCAGACUUGGAGUUGCAGAGAAUUCACAAACUGGGACAUACAGAUGUGAUGUUUAUUCACACUCAUUACAGCCAUUUGAACCAGAUUUUAUCUUCCAGCACAUCACAGCCAUUUCAGAGUCAACAUGAGAAAGAGAAAAGUAUUCUCUCAGGACACCUGGCUUCUGCUGUCAUAUCAGCCACUCUCCGCGAUACCUCAAAGGCCCAAACAAUCCCUGUUGCUGUCAAGUAUACCCUGUCCUCUUCACAUAUGAUGGAGUAUGCACAGGGAUUUUCUCCUGUCUGUGCCUUUUGGAAUUUCAACCUAACGAAUAAUCAUACUAGUGGCUGGUCCAAUAAUGGCUGCAGUGUGAUCUUUGCUGGCUCUGAUGCUACGUCAUGUGUAUGCAACCAUACCACAAAUUUUGCAGUAUUGAUGAAUUACUUAAAACCAAAGUGGAGUCCUGAGGAAGAGCUUGUUUUGACCAAGCUGACAUUUAUCGGCUCGGGAGCAUCUUUAUGUGCUCUAGUGGUGACGUUGAUGCUGUUCACUGUAUUGGAUAUACCACGAUCUGACAGGACAUCCAUCCAUAAGAAUUUAUUCAUUGCUCUGAUCUGUGCUCAAGUGAUUCUGCUCUGCAGUGGUUCGGCCAUUCAUAACAAGAUUGCGUGUACACUUGUGGCAGCGUUACUUCACCUCUUCUUCAUGGCUGCCUUCAGCUGGAUGCUGGUCGAGGGUCUGCUGCUUUGGAGCAAAGUGGUUGCUGUCAACCUCAGUGAAGAAAGACACAUGAAGUAUUACUAUCUCAUCGGCUGGGGUCUACCAGUCCUCAUAGUCACCAUCACACUGGCGUCAGCCUCAGGCAAAUACUUGGCGGACGGCUAUUGCUGGCUUAGUGUCCAGAAUGGUGUAAUUUGGGGCUUUGCUGGACCUGUCAUCUUCAUCAUCAUGGUGAAUUUUAUGGUACUUACCAGGGUGGUGGUCAUCACUAUUUCUACAGCCAAGAGGAGGUCCAUUAUGUUGGCCAUGGGUGCGAGUCCGGUGGAACAAACCUACGAGCAAGUUAGGGCUGCGGUGAAAGCAGUUUUGGUUUUGCUGCCCAUUCUUGGAUUGACUUGGUUGUGUGGCGUCCUGGUGCCUUUCUCCAUUGUCUUGGCCUACAUCUUCAUCAUCCUCAAUUCCCUACAGGGCUUGUUCAUCUUCCUGAUAUAUGGGGUGUACAACACAGAGAAUACUGACAAAGCCGUGGGCCAGUGUUUGGCGAGGUCCCCAGCAGUCUCCAUACAGGAGACGGAGGAAGAAACAUAUGCAAUGAAGGACUGA